UCUAUGGAAGGAAGUUACUAUAAUUAGUUAUCUUGAUUGAAGUGAAAACGCUGAAAAACUAUAUAUUUUCGUAUUUAAAAUUCCAAUAAUUGUAAUGUUUGAUACAUUUAAAAAUGCCAUUUAAACUUUUAUUAAAAAUUAUCGUUUAAAAAAUAAGUUUUAAAAUUAAUGGGCAUUUAAAUUUGAUUUAUUUUAAAUGGUUGCAAUGUCAGAAGUCAAAGAGAACCGUAAACCACGAUAUGGUGGAGGUCCUCAUGGUUUAGGUAGAUAUAUUUUCUACUGGUAAUUUUAAACACCAUAUAUAAUUUUAUUUUUUUUUUUCAUGUUUUAGGAGAUCCUGAUGAUUAUAAGUUACGAAAAAUUGAGGCAAAUGUAUUAAUUCCAAAAAUUAUACGAGAAAAAGCUAAAUAUGAAAAAUGUGCUGUAGAAAAUAAAGGUAUUCUUUUUGUAUAUUGGUUUAACUGGUUUAACACUUAUUGGUAUUACUCGGUAAACAUUAAUUCUAUUUCCAUACAUUUUUUGUUCAGUUUUUGGAGAUUGUUGCUUAGAUACUGGUUUUUGGAUGUUUUAUAAAUGUAGAGCUGAAGUAAAAGAAUUAAAUAAUUGUAUGGCCAAGUGGUUUGUUGAUGAUGAUUUUAUAAAAGAAUGUCGAAAUCAAUACCUAAACGAUCGCAGAAAAUACAGACUAACAGGAGUUGGAAAACAUGAAGAAAAGAAAAUGGCGAGUUAAAAAAAAAAAAUAGAUUUUAGAAUUAAAAAAAACAAUGUAGUAUUACAAUAAAACUAAUUAAUACAAUUAUAUAUAUUUUUUUUUAACCAUAUUAAAACAUUGUAUUUUAGAUAAAUUCAAAUCUUAAAUUGUGAUAUUAUUACUCUAAGGUUGAUAACUGUUCUCAAUUUAUAGGUUUUAGUCUGUGGUGCUUUGGCACAAAUCGUCUGACAAUUGUAUUAAGUACAGUGUAUCUAGUUAGAUCGAUAGUCAUUCUUUCUUUAUAUGGAGGACCAUUAACAGUGCAUAUAAUUAAAUCUUUGUUGACUGAUUCGGAAACUCGACUAGAUCCAAAAAAUAAUGGCCACGAUGAUAACAAUUCGCUGUUUUGUCCAUUAAUGCUAAUCACUACCACAUAGGAAGAAUGAUAAUAACCAGGUGAUGCUUUGUAAAGUACUAAAAACAAAUAAUAUAAUAUUAUAAAAUAUAAGUGAAAAAAAAAAAAUGUAGAAAAUGAUUCAAUAUUAGUUACCAUAAUUGCCACCAAAUUGAUGUCCAAACUUAACAAUCCAUCCUUCAGAUCUAUAAUAAUGAUACGCUGCAUAAAAAAAAGGAAAAUCUUGUUUCAAACCAUUGAAUCGUUGCCAACAAUCAGAUACACUUAUUACAGAGCUGUUUUCGUCUCGUAUUUCUAAACAUCCUAAUGUGUAUGACAAAAAAAAAGCUUCUUCUAAAAGUAAAUAGUAAUGUGCAAGACAGUUUUCACCGGAUAAAAUUAAUUUAUUAAAAUAAUCCCUAGGAUAGUUUUGUUUAAAACUUCUCCAAUUAUCUGGUGAUUCCAUAAAGUCAUUGGCAUAGUAAGAAUAUUGUUGAUGCGGGUUAUGUUUCUUCAUUAAUAAUUUAAAUAAAUUGCAGUUGUCUGCAUAUUGCUCUGCAGGGUUAUACGCAAUAGAUUUAUUUCUAAGGGACUUUUUGUUUGUACUAUUAGCUGUAAUAUUUUGAGGAAAUUUAAAAGGCUUUAAUUCCAUUAAUUUCCAAUCCUUUUUAUGCAUUAAAAUUUGAUUUUGUAGUGUUCUGUAGUCUGUGAGUAUGUUCUUAUCAAAUACACCAAACUCCCCAUAAGAACCCUAAUGUUAAAAAAAUAAAUAAAUAGGUACCUGUUACCUAAUCAAGUUCCUAAAUUAUAAUACAAGUUAACCGUAACAAAAUCACUUACAAACUGUUUAAGGAGUGAUAUAUCAUUUGAGUCAUUGACAACAAUGUGUUUCCCAUUGAAAAUUGCUUGAAACGAUGGCCAUUCAUUCCCGUCUAAGACUGUCCCAUCCUCAUUUAAAAAAGGAAAAUUAAUCAGUUCAAUGUUAAUAGGUUUUUUUUGUUUCGGUGGCUUUAAAGAAUACAUUUUAUAUUUUUUUAAGACCCAAAUUAAUAUUUGACAGAUGUACAAAAUAUUACCCACCUUGAUAAGAAAUAGUUAUCCACCUUGAUAAGAAUAUAUCAUAACGUGUAGCUGUAGCAUACUCACCGAGCUGAUGUAUAUACAUCUAGUGCUUAUCAUAGCUGCCGCACCGUUCGGCUUGGCAUUUGAUAGCGUUCAAACUACAACGAUAACGUCACUUAAUCCGAGCGCUACGUCAUCGAUCCGCACUCACAAACGCAUACAUAAAAUAGGUUGAUAAGCUAGAUGACCUUAGUGUUUUGGAUUUUGGAGUGUAGACGAACAAAAUACAGUGUUUAAUGUUUAUACCCCAAAAUAGAUUAAAUACUAUUUAUAUUACAACCUAAAGCCCGGUUUACACUAAGGCAAUAUGUAAC